UGUCGAAGUUGAUCACAUCGUCUCGUCUCUCAGGCUCAGACUCAGAGGCCAGACGGAUCUUCUCACUCAAUACUUUGAAUGUGAGAGAACACGGAACUCGUUCAUUCGGAGGAGUGUCACUAUUUCUGUGUGAAGAUAUGUGUGUUUGAGCCAAUGCUUAAGUCAAACUUCUUUGAAUUUUAUGUACAAACAUUUGUUUUAGACACUAGUGACCUCAAGUGCACUUUUACUUAAAUCUAUUCCAAACUGACCCAUCAGUUGUUGCCUUUCAAUGUUGAAUAUCAAGUCUGUCAAAGGAGUCUGAGAUAGAUUGUGUGGAUGUUUUUCUGUCUACUAUGACUGAGUUUUCACGUCAAGAAGAUUCUCUUCCGUGCUUUGGAUAUUCAGCCUGAGGACUGUCAAGUUUGGCUGCACAUGAACCACUGUACCUGAAAACGUUUACGUCCUGUAUACGCACGUCUUUGACUUCUACAAGGAGAAAAGCACGAAGUGUGAGGAUUUGUACACUUGUAAAAAAAGAAACACAGUGAAGGAAUAGCGAUCAGGACGUUAGCAUCUAGUGCACUGGGAUUAUACUCUAGUCUGUCACCUACAAGCUCUGGUUGUAAGAUCAGGCCUUCAUUACAGUAGAGAUCAUGAGCCAGUCGACCUUUGUCUAGGUCGCUGCCCUGAACUGGACACACACUGUUGUCGCCGCAAGCCGCGCCGGAUCCAUGCAUUCUUCGGCCUCUAGUUUGUGGCUGCUGAUGUCGUCGUCGUUGUCGUUGUCGUUGUAGUAAUACUUAUCGACGGUGGACACAACACUACACACACGGACUCAUCCUCCUGAGGGUCCUCUCCCCACCCCCACCCCCCACCCCUUUCACCCCCUAACACCCCGGACGUUGACUCCAGAACUCCCCAGAACCAUGAGUCUAGACACCACACGGAAGCCGUUCAGGCACAGUGACACAGCCUCCGAUUCCGAUGGCAGCGAAGAGGACAGUGUGUCCCUGGCUAGCUCCCUCCAGGCCGACAUGGCAGGGGCGGCGGCCAAGGUGCCCAAGAAGCGGACCAACAGCCGCAAGGCCAGGCAGGAGUGGGAGAUUGUGGAGGGUCUGAAAGACGGACAGAAGUGUGAGGAAAAGCCCGGUUCUUCGUGCUGGAGAGAGGGAUUCUGACCUACGCCAAGUCCAGUGCCGAUAUUCCUAAGGGCAAGUACCACGGUAUCAUCGACAUCGGUCUGGCUGUGAUCACGUUCAAACGACAGGGUCAGAGAAUUGAUAUAGACGCAGAGGAGCAAGUUCAUCAUAUCAAGGUCAAAGACAAAACAGUCUUCGACGACUGGCUCAAGCGGCUACGUCACCACCGACUGUACAGACAGCACGAGAUCGCGUACGGCCCCAGCGACUCCAAGCGGAUCCACCAUGUGUUGUCUCCCACUGAGGAAAUCCCCCCUCUCACUAAUGCCAACUUGCCUGAACUUGCCCUGAACCAAAGCCUAAAAAAGGACAUAAUUCGCCAGUCCAGUUUCAAAGGAGGUCAAGGCCGAGUCAUGACCUGGUUGUUGGACUCAGCGGGCUAUGAGCAGUGUGGGAAAAAUAUCCAGUCAUGUAAGAGUGAACUGCGACAGCUGAGAGAUCUGUUGGAACAGAUCCAGUCACUGCCCAUCUCAGCCGACUCAGGUCUGGAGAGCCAGGCAGCCACACCCAGCGGCCAGACCACACCCACCUCCCUCCUCCAGUCCCCCCCGUCGGACCGGCUCCACUCCAGCGCUUCCAACCCCAACCUCCUCCUCUACACCAACGGGACGUCGUCCAACAGCAGCCCGGGGACAAACAUUUCAGCUGCCCCGGCCGGCUACGCAGGUGUGGUCAGUGCAAUUGGCGGCGGCAAUAGCGCCAGGCGACAGCUGAGUGGGGAUGGCGCCGUCUUCGCAGCCCAUGAGUCCAGGAUCCAGGACAUCCGUGUGAGGGAGAACUUUGUCAGCAAAGCCGAGCUGGUGCACACGAAGCUGAAGGACCUGGCAUCCUUGAUGGAAUCGGAGCGGGAGCGUCUCCGGAAUAUUCUCGACCAGGACGGAGAGGCGGGUCAAGGACAGCAGAUCUCAGCUCUCAAACAUUCUUUGUUGGAGACUCAGAAACAGAACGUCGAGUUACGGUCGCGUCUUGCCAGGAUUCACGCAGACUCUGUCUUGCCGGAGAUGGUGCCGACGGCCACUGCCGCCAGCGCUCUCAUGUCGCCACUGCCCUCCAUGAGGCUGAACCAGGACAAGGCCAACCUGGCACAGAGCCUCUCGCUGGAUAGUUUCUCCAUGUCGGAGUACUACGACGCUGAGGACAAUAUCGAGACGAUUAGCGAAUCUUCCUCGGAGCCCUCGGAUGAAGAAGUGUCGAGUGAAAUUUCUGAAGACGGCAAUGACACCGACUACAACACUGGUGGAGUUUCAGAAAUGGUGUCGCAGUCCAUCUGCGCCACGGGUCGGCGGACGAAGCUGCCGGUGCCCAAGCCUGAGAGCCCAGAUGUGAGCCUGUGGAACCUGCUGUACCGAAACAUCGGCAAAGACCUCACCAAGAUCUCCAUGCCGGUCACUCUCAAUGAGCCGCUCAGUAUGUUACAGCGUCUGUGUGAGGAGCUGGAGUACAGUGAACUGCUGGACAAAGCUGCUGAUUACGAUGACCCCUAUGAACGAAUGAUCUAUGUUGCUGCCUAUGCUGUUAGUGGCUAUGCCAGCUCCUACUACCGGGAGGGACAUAAGCCGUUCAACCCUCUGCUGGGAGAGACAUAUGAGUGUAUACGAGAGGACAAAGGCUGGAGGUUCAUUGCUGAGCAGGUUAGCCACCAUCCCCCCGUCACAGCGUGCCAUUGCGAUUCGAGAAACUUCACCUUGUGGCAAGACGUAAGAAUGAAGACAAAGUUCUGGGGAAAGUCGAUGGAGAUCCAGCCACUGGGACAUGUUCAUGUCAUCUUGCCGAAGUAUCGCGACCACUACAAAUGGAACAAGGUGACCACGUGUGUUCACAACUUGCUGGGUGGGCAGCGGUGGGCUGACCAGUACGGAGAGAUGACCAUCACCAACAACAACAUUGUCUGUAAACUCACGUUCACAAAGGGUUCGAACCACCGGUCCCCCAAACGCUACGAAGUGUUUGGCAGUAUCCAGACAGCAGAAGGGAAGGUCGUUCACAACCUAUUUGGCAAGUGGAAUGAAGCGUUUUUCUGCGGCCACGCCUCCUCUGCUCGGUGUAUCUGGCGGCCAGGAGCAAUGCCCGAGAACCACGAGCUGUACUAUGGGUUCACCCGGUUCGCAAUAGAGCUCAACGAACUGGAUCCGGACAUGUCCAAGUACUUGCCGCCCACAGACUCUCGGUUCAGGCCGGACCAAAGACUGCUGGAGGAAGGAAAGAUCACAGAGGCCGAGGCGGAGAAAAACAGACUGGAGAAUGCACAAAGAGAACGACGGAAGAUCAAGGAGGGCAGUGGAGAAGACCCCCAACCCAUGUGGUUCAAGAAGAAGUUGCUGGAUGCUGGGAAGACCGAGGCCUUUGAGUACGACAAGAAGUACUGGGAGGCUCGCAAGGACCCGGGCUUUGCCCGCAUGUCAUUUGUUCACCUGUUCUGAGGCAGUUUCCACCACAAAGACACCGAAUCUCCUGUUACCCUGAUCGACUCCUACACUCUUCAAUAUGCGUGGAAUAAUAUCUUUCGAGGAAGUUCUUUGAUACUAUAAUACUAUUAUAUUGGACUCUAGUUGAAGCCCAUUUAUGUGGACUGAGGAAGUUCUUUGAUAGUAUAUUAUUAUAUUGGACUUGAUUUGAAGCCCAUUUAUAUGGACUUACUUUUUGGAGUUUUGCAGGAUGAUUUCUGUUCCUUUGGGGUUUUUUUUGUUGGUACUGUGUACACAGAAUGGGGAACUUAGAAAUAGGUUAGGCCAGUGACAGCUGUUAACUCUUUAACCACGUCUGGACGGUGGCAGCGUCCGGUAGUCGAGGUCCGUAACCAUGGCUGCACGGUACCACCGUCUGAUGGGAAGUUAUUAUUGUAUUAUGGUAUGGACCAAAUAUAAAAAAGUAUGAGCUGACAAGUCCUUAGUUUGACUCGCAGUCAAAGAUGAAUGAAUUCUAUGUCUAGGUAAUGCUUUAUUGAUCAGCUUGACACGAAAAAAGCAGUUUUUAAAACGUAAUAUGUCGGGUCGCAUUUCCACAAACACGAGAGAAUUACGAUGAAACAUGAUUUUAAACUGGGUGGUUAAAGAGUUAAUAAUGAACCUGCUAGCAUUUGAUGAUCAAGAUAAUGAACUUGUUAUUGGUUUUCUUCACAUCGUUUGCCUGCUUUUUCUGAUGUAAUCAGCCCAACAUUUUCAGAAUUUUGGGAAUCUGUGGUAAUGGUUGCUUGUGGUUUAGGUAUUUUUUAGAAAAUUAAAUUUUAAAUUUUGAAAAAAAUGCAAGAAAGGUUUGGUCAACAUACUAUAGGAAUAAUCUGUUUAAAAAAUGAAACAGUAUGUACUGUCUUCUUAAGAAUUUUGCUUUCAAGGCUUAAAAUACUUGUAGGUGAACAGCUGUGGUUUGGAGCUUGCCAAGGCGUUUCCCGCCAAUUAGCAUAUGGUAAAUACAGCAAGGUUUUGUGUGAAAAACACUUUUUAAAAUAUUUUUGUAAUUAUAACCUUGAGAAAUUUCUUUCGGUGUAUAUAUUGAUAUAUGUUUGGAAGAAAUUUGCUCAGAAUAAGAGCAUUCCACAUGCGUUUGAUGACUGUGCGGUCCCACACCGACCCCUCACACCAACAAAACUACCCCAUACUGACCAAACCCACAACCACACCUAUAUCUAAAGGGCAACUAUUAUUUUUCUUACCUCAGGUAACAAGAGUUAAUUAUUAUUCUCAUCCCAAUUGGCUGUCUUGGUGGUUAUUUCGCGUAUUGACACUGAUCACAAUUUAAUUGUCUACAUCAGCUGCUUUUGACAGAUGGAUUUUUUUACUCGUUUUAUUUAGACUCUAUAACCACAAAUUGAGGGUGUUGGUCACAAAAUUGCUAGCUUGGUCAAAGCUUUUUUUAUACAAGUGACAGAAAAAUUGUGUUGAUUCUGUCUUGUUUUAUGUAAUUUCGAAGCUCUUUUAGUUGGCGUUUUUUUCUCUCAAUUCGCCUGUAUGACUCUCUAAUCAGUCUCUUAUUUUCAUGGUUUCACACAUGUUCAUGGUAUCCAUUACAUGAAAAGUGUAAGGAACGCUGCUCCAUGUAAGGAAAUCUCAACACAUAAUUGUCAUUGUUUUCAUAUACACAGUUGGUUCAUUUACAUAUUAUCAAUCUGUAUUCUGAUAUUGAGCUGUCAAUUUUCGUUAUGGUGCAACACUUGAGAGCCAAAGAGGCUUUGUGCUCUCUUACACAUUCGAUAUACACACACGCACACACACACACUUGUGCACGCACACACACACACACAAACACACACAACUACAUGUUUAAAGGCAUACAUCUCUAAACAGAUCUGUUGAAUGAGUCUCAGACUUUGUCAGUUUGUGCCCCACACCCUUGAAAUAUAAUCCUGGAGAGGGAUGGACGCCGCCAGGCUAACUUUGCCCAGACACGCCACAUGUUGCUGUUGUUGUUUUCCAAUUCCUUUAGCUCCGAACAUUUCAUGACGGCAUGAACAUGUACUGAGCACCAAUGUCUCCAAGCCCGCACCCUUGACUGUCUGAGGUGGAGACACCUGGUGCAUUGCAGCUUUCAGCAAUGCAGGGCUCCCAUGACUUUGGGAAUGGUUAUAGUACUUUGCCCCCUCAGGGCGCCGAUCGGUGACGGUGAGAUGUAGCGUGUACCGCAUCUGUAUUGUGGUCUGUGGGGAUAAGUGUUGUGCAGUGCGCACUGCGUGGGUGGAAAGUGUGAAGGGAUAAAGUAAUUCAUGACCCUUGAGCUAGUGGUUUUUUACCAAGUUUUUUGCGGUUUACACUAUAAAGACCAUCCAUGUCAGGGCCAUUACAUUUUUUGUGGUUCUGAUGUACUAAAAUACUUUUACCUUUCUCUCUUUUUUAAUCUAACAAACAGGCAUGGCUUCCUCGGAAAUCUUUGUAAUGUUUCAGCUUGGUAUUUCGAGAACAGAUAAUUUUUUGGGUCGUUUUUUUCUUUUUUGCUUACGUAGUUUUAGUGCAAUAGACAGCUGCUUAUUUUUCUUCAAAGAGCUUCAAGUUUAGCAGGCCUAGUGGGGUUUUUUUCUACUAGUCUGUGAAUAAGCAGAGUUGGGAACACUCUUGAGUGGUGUGUCAUUUUGCCCCUUUGCUUUCCCUUCUUGUGCUUGAGGGCAAGGAUUGUAGAUGGUCACAGACUCUUUGUGGGUUUAGUUUUAUGUCAUAUGAUUUGGAGUAUCAUUGUACUACAGAUUUAGUAUGUGGUAUCGGGAAGUGAUCACAGGAGUAGCGUAACUGAUCCGGCUUUCGAUUUUGCAAGUAAAAACAUUUGGCGCCAAAAAUGAAAAAAAGGCGUUUUGUCAGCAUACGGCCUGGAUCGGAAAAGUAAAGUCAGCAUACGGCAGAGUUGAUGUGAUAUCUCGUAUGUUGUUCUGCCAACUGCCAAAUUGAUGGCUUGGCCUACUGAGCUUCUGGUGCAAGUUGACAUGAAGGUGACCUGCUUUUGCUUUCUCUUGAAAUGUUUUUUUCUUUUUUGAUUUUUACAGUGAAACUGCACUGUGUAGAGAAAUGGGUAAGAUGAAGAGUGUACUUUAAUAUGAAAGAAAUCUCCCUGCUAAGAGAGUGCUUAGAAAGAAAGUACCAUAAAAAGAGAGAGAGUACUAUAAAUGACAGUACUAGGAACGAGAGUGCCAUAAACGGAGUACCAAAAUUGAGGGAACUAGGAAAGAGUAGAAUAAAAGAGAACACUAUGAACAAAAGUAAAAGGAAAGAGAGGCACUACGAGUAUAACAGAGAGUAACACUGUUGAAAAGAGAGUACCAUAAAAUAGAGUACUGUAAAUGAGCCUACAAGGAAAAAGUACUGUAAAAGAGAAUAUUAUAAAUGAAAGUACAGAGAAAGAGUACAGGAAAAGAGUACAUUAUAAAUGAAAGUACAAAGUAAGAGUAUCGGAAAAGAGAACAUUAUAAAUCAAAGAACAGAGAAAGAGUUCAGUACAAGAGAAUAUUAUAAAUGAAAGUGCAAAGAAAGAGCACCGUAAAAGAGAAUA